AUUUCUCAAUUAAGAACAUAAAAGAAUAAAUCAAUAUACUAUUAUGAAAAUAUGUUUAAAUUAUGUUUAAAUAAAUUAAAUACAAUAAGAAUAACAAGAAUUCUUUUUAAUUUAAUUUGCGGAAACGAUUCAUUUAAUCUACGUUUUCAAUAUGAAUUACAUGAUUCCUUUGGUUCGUCACACAUAAGCAUUCCCCAUAACUGUGAUCGAUAAUCAGUAGAUAGCGGAAGCGCUCCGCGGUUACUCCAUUAACAAUAGGAAUUUCAAAAAUAUCAAUUACGUAAUAUAGUUAUACAUGUCCUGUUUAACGAGACAAGUUUCCGUAAUAAUCAUUAUCCGUAAAUUAAAAAUUUUUUUUUGUGAUAUUGUGAUUAAAAAAAAAAAAUUGGUUUUGGCGCAUUAUUAUUCGUAUGCAAGGUCUACUUUCUUUUCAUUAUUUCUUUCUAUGGUAAAUAAAAAAAGUAUAAAUUUAUAUAAAUAUACAAUUGAUGACAUAAUUAUAAUAACAUGUAAAUAAUUUAUUAUUGUUGCUGACUAUUUGGAUUAUUAAUAAAUUU